AUGGCAGGCAAGAAAGGAGGAAAGAAGAAGGACAGCAACGCACCAAAGAAACCCAAGACUGCAUACUUUUUAUUCUGUGAUGACAAGAGAGAAGAAGCCAAACAAUCUCUCGGAGGUGGAAAGAGCGCCUCUGAAGUAAGCAAACUCUUGGGACAAUGGUGGGGAGAACUCUCUGAUGCUGCCAAGAAGCCUUACAAUGACAGAUAUAAGGUUGCUCUCGAACAACACAAGAAGGAAAUGGAAACCUACAAGAAGAACAAACCAGAAUCAUCAUCAGAGGAAGAAGAAUCCGAUGAAGAAGGUAGCAAGAAGAGAAAGAGAGGAAAGAAGACCAAGAAGGACAAGGAUGCUCCAAAGAGACCACUCACUUCAUACAUGCUCUUCUCUCAGGACAAGAGAAAGGAAAUUUUGGAAUCCAACCCAGACUUGAAGGUCACCGAAGUAGCCAAGCACGUUGGUGCUUUAUGGAAGAAACUCAGCGAUGAGGAAAAGAAGCCAUACAAUGACAAGGCUGCCAAACUGAAGAAGGAAUAUGAGGUUGAAAAGGCCAAUUAUGAUGCUACUCAUGGUGGAUCAAGUAGUAAAUCGCCUGCCAAAAAGAAGAAGAAGGCUGAAUCCGAGGAAGAGUCUGAAUCUGAAGAGGAAUCGGAAGAAAGUGAUUAA